AUGGACCUUCGAUCAGUAUUUGAACAAUGGGUAUCGUUGUCCCUUCCUAGUUUCCAGCACUCCAUCCAGUUGGGUGGCUACCAUCCCUGUUGGACUUUGUUCUGGGCUUUUUUCCUACUCUGCCUCGCCGUCCGAGUCACCACUGAGCUGAAGUUUCGGAAGCACCAAGUCAACGCUGCCGGUAGCGGCCUACAUGUUAUCCCGGUCGUGCCCUACUGGAUACCAUGGAUUGGGCACAGCUUGUCCUUUGCUAUCGGGGCAGUACCCUAUCUGCAGUCUGUCAGCCGGCGGAUGGGACACAAAUGCGCCGCUUACGGGCUUUGGAUGGGCAACACCAAGCACAACAUCAUCCUGGCGCCCAGCAUCGCCAAGCAGGUCAUCACUGACAGAAAAGCGCCAGUCAACAUGGAUACUUGGACGUACUAUGUGCACAAGCAAGUCUUCCAGGACGGCGGAGACCUAAAGACCAUGCACCCACACGCUGUAAAGGGUCCAAUAGCCCAGGCGGUGCAUAACAUGGUCCGAGACAGCUUCGUGAACAAAGCAAUCCUAGCUAUGGUCUCAGACGUGGAGCACAUGGCAGCAGAUCUGAUCUCCGGCAAGUCGGUCUCCGAACAGUCCUCUUGGGAGCUAUCCGGUCGGGUUCGGGUCCUCGAGACGCAGCCCAGGCUGAAAUGGGAGGUCUCACUGAAUCCGCUGAUGCGGGAUUUUACGAGUGAUAUCAUGGCCAGGGUGUUCCUGGGAAAGAGCUUCAUGCGAAACAAUCCCAACGUGGUCAAGGAUAUCUGGACUCUGGAUGACAAGAUCAUCACGUUCAUGGCAAAGACACCAACGUGGAUGCCCAACGUGCGGGAGGCGGCAGCAGCACGCGAGCGACUUCUUGCGGGCCUGACAGAGUUCCACGAUGCCUACACGGUGUACCUGCGGGGCGAGGACCCGGGAGCGUCGUGGGGGGACAUGAGCGACGUUAGCACCGUGAUGCACGACCGCACGCUGGCGUGGAACGCUUCCGACGCCAACACAACCCGCCGCGGCAACGCGGCCCAGAUGCUGUCACUGUUCUGGGUCACGAAUGUCAAUGCCAACCAGAUCAUCUUCUGGGUUGUCUUCUACGUUUUCUCUGAUCCAGUGCUGCUGCGUCAGCUACGGGAGGAGAUUGCGCCGUUCGUGAAGCGCAGAAGACCUACGAGCGGCGCACAGGAUCACAACGGAACCUUGAAAAUGGAUGUUGAGGGGUUGUGGCGGCAUUGCCCCCUGUUAAAGGGCGCGGUGUUUGAGACGUUGCGGCUGGAAGUCGGCGCGACGAGUGUCAAGUACGUCGAGGAAGAUUUCGUGCUGCAUGAGAGUGAGGAAGACGCCAAGUUCCUGGGCAAAGACCGGCCCGAGAGCUUCCUGAUCAAGAAGGGAGAAAUGAUCUGGGUACCGCACGCGUUACACCAACUCGACGAGAAGUAUUGGCCGGACCCGGAGCGCUUCGAUGCGCGGAGGUUCUGGGAGGAGCAGAGCACUCACAAUGACGAGAAGUCAUCAUCGGAGGAGGUCAAGGUUGGGUACAAAACCAUGAAAGUAUGGGGAGGUGGAGAAAAGAUGUGCAAAGGCAAAACGUUUGCGGAGCGCGAGAUUUGCCUGGUCGCCUCAGCUAUCAUCACGUGCUGGGAGAUAGAGGCCGUUGACGGUGUCUGGCGCCACCCGGGUCGAACUCCGGGAUCAUCUUCUUCGAAACCCAUUAGAGACUUCAGGGUUAGGAUUUGGAAAUGGGAUCAAGAGUAG